UCCAACCACGAGGCGCACCGUAUCCUCAGCCCAUCCGGACCCCGAACCCGCUCCCAGCGAUGACCUUGCUGCUGGCUCCAGCUGGAUUACCUCUCAUGUAACGGCUGAUUGCUCCAUCCUCGCAUCCCCCGGCCGGCAGCAGCUUCCACCGGCUCCUCCGUCCCUCCCCCAGGUUCCAACUCUCAGCUCCGUUCUGCGGCCAUGCGCCCCGUCGGUUCAGUUUCCCCCGGACAGCUCAGGGCGUGGAGCGCGCUGUGAGGUGGGAUAUCAGGUGGAUUUAUGGUCGUCGGAGACUAAAAACACCAGCCUAAGGAAAUGAGUGGAAGUUUGACCUGCGGGAGGAUGCGGGUGACGUCUUGGUGCGCCGUGAUCCUCCUGGCGCCGACGCUCUGCUGGGUUACAAAUGCCCAAGCCCCAAGGUCUGACACUGUAAAAUCUGGAAGUCCCAAAUCCACGCUAAAGCAUUUAUGGACAGAAGGCAGUAAGGAAAUGUCCAUCAGUAGGCUGUUGUCACAGACUCUCCAUUCCCGAGAGAACAGCACAGCCUUGGACCUUCGCUACGACACUCCUGAGCCCUACUCAGAGCAGGACUUGUGGGACUGGUUGAGGAACUCCACUGACCUGCAGGACUCACGGCCACGAUCUAAACGACGGCCCAUGGUUAAGACGGGAAAGUUCAAGAAGAUGUUUGGCUGGGGAGACUUCCAUUCCAACAUAAAGACAGUCAAACUCAACCUGAUGAUUACCGGUAAAAUCGUGGAUCAUGGAAACGGAACCUUCAGCGUCUACUUCCGCCACAACUCCACGGGCCACGGCAACGUUUCUGUGAGCUUGGUCCCUCCAACCAAGGUAGUGGAGUUUGACGUGGCGGCACAGCAGUCCGUCAUCGAUGCCAAGGACUCCAAGUCCUUCAACUGCCGUAUCGAGUAUGAGAAGGUGGAGAAAGGUUCAAAGAACACACUCUGCAACUAUGACCCAUCCAAGACCUGUUUCCAGGAGCAAACCCAGAGCCAUGUGUCCUGGCUGUGCUCCAAACCUUUCAAGGUGAUCUGCAUCUUCAUUUCCUUCUACAGCACCGACUACAAACUGGUGCAGAAGGUCUGUCCAGACUACAACUACCACAGUGACACUCCCUACUUCCCCUCAGGCUGAUGUGGAUGAUUAGAGCACAGAUCUGGGACUUCUAUCCAUCACAGAGUAAUGUGUUCAUUAGCUGUACUGCUCCUCAUCAUGUCCACACCAGUCAGCCAUCCCUCAUGGUUUUCUUUUUUCCAGGUCCUUAAAGAGAGCAGGUACUGUUGACUGUUAUAAAUAUUGGAUGUCCAUUCAUGUGCAAAAGUUAUUACCCUCUUUUUAGUCCUAUCUCUCUUUUUUGUGUAAAAACGUGAUGAAAAUAAUCAAAUAGUUGUGGGUUUUAGUAUUAGACAAAUCCAGUUACAGAUGAACGCCUUGGGUGAUUU